GGGGCGUCAUCAGUGAGCGCCACGGGUGAGUUGGGUUGUUUCUGUUCGCCGCUUUGGGCGUGAGGCUGUGGCGUGGAGGACUUGUCUGAAACCGUGCGGUUGGAGCGAGUCAGACUCCGCCCGUCAUGUCGGAGAGCGCCGAGAGCUCCGCGGGGGCUCAGGGCUCCUCUGAGUCCUCCACUCGGGGCUUCGCUGCUGCCGAGCCGCGGAUCAUCAAAAUCACGGUGAAGACUCCCAAGGAGAAAGAAGAGUUCGCUGUGCUUGAGACCAGCAGCAUCCAGGAGUUCAAGGAAGAAAUCUCUAAGCAUUUCAAGUCCCACACUGAUCAGCUUGUUUUGAUAUUUGCUGGAAAAAUAUUAAAAGAUCAAGAUACUUUGAUUCAGCAUGGGAUUCACGAUGGACUCACUGUUCACCUGGUCAUCAAAACGCAGAACAGAUCACAAGAGCAUCCAGGUCAACAAAUGCACACCACUGGCAGUAUUGCUACCACAUCAAUAUCAAGCAGUAAUACCUCAACACCAACUUUAACAAAUAGCAGCUCUUUUGGCUUGGGUAGCCUUGGAGGUUUGGCAGGCCUAGGUAGCCUGGGCUUAAAUGCAUCAAACUUUUCAGAGCUACAAAGUCAGAUGCAACGACAACUUAUAUCCAACCCAGAAAUGAUGGUUCAGAUAAUGGAAAAUCCAUUUGUUCAGAGCAUGCUUUCAAAUCCUGACCUGAUGAGGCAGUUAAUUAUGGCUAACCCUCAAAUGCAGCAACUGAUACAGAGAAAUCCAGAGAUCAAUCACAUGCUGAAUAAUCCAGAUAUAAUGAGGCAGACACUAGAACUUGCUAGAAACCCUGCAAUGAUGCAGGAAAUGAUGCGAAACCAAGACCGAGCCUUGAGUAACCUUGAAAGUAUACCAGGUGGAUACAAUGCCUUGCGACGUAUGUAUACAGAUAUUCAGGAGCCUAUGUUGAAUGCAGCACAGGAACAGUUUGGAGGUAACCCAUUUGCUUCCUUAGUAAGCAAUGCAUCAUCAGGAGGGGACACUCAGCCAUCUCGUACAGAAAAUAGAGAUCCUUUACCAAAUCCCUGGGCUUCCCAGUCCAGCUCUCAGAGUUCUACAAGUACCAGCACCAGUGGUGAGAGGAGUGGCAGUAGUAAUGUCGGAAAUAGCACCUCUGCCAGUAUGGGACAGAGCUCAACUAUACAAAAUUUGGGACUUGGACUAGGAGUUGGUAUGUUCAACACACCAGGAAUGCAGAGCUUGUUACAACAGAUAACAGAAAAUCCACAACUUAUGCAAAAUAUGUUGUCUGCACCCUAUAUGAGAAGCAUGAUGCAGUCAUUGAGCCAGAAUCCUGAUCUUGCAGUACAGAUGAUGUUGAAUAAUCCUUUAUUUGCUGGAAAUCCUCAACUUCAGGAGCAAAUGAGACAACAGCUUCCUACUUUCCUUCAACAAAUGCAUAACCCUGACACGUUAUCAGCUAUGUCAAACCCUAGAGCAAUGCAGGCUUUACUACAAAUUCAGCAGGGCUUGCAGACACUAGCAACAGAAGCACCAGGACUUAUACCAGGAUUCAAUCCUGGUUUAAGUGGAUUGGGAGGUACUGGAGCACCUACAGGGUCUGCUGUGCCUAGUUCUGUUUCCAGUGAAAAUACAAGUCCAGCAUCAGCGGCUACUGAACCUGAUCACCAGCAGUUUGUCCAACAAAUGUUGCAGGCACUUGCUGGUGCACAUGCUCAGAACCAGUUACAAAAUCCAGAAGUUAGAUUUCAGCAACAACUGGAGCAGCUGAAUGCAAUGGGCUUUUUGAACCAUGAAGCAAACUUACAAGCUCUAAUAGCAACAGGAGGAGAUAUCAGUGCAGCUAUUGAAAGGCUGCUUGCCUCUCAGCCUUUGUAG